CACAUCGACAGUAGUAAGAAGUGUGGAUGCACGGGGAGUUCGACGGGUGUCCCCUUCCUCUUCGAUAAAAACCAUUGGAGGCCCGAUCCUUGGGUACUUUCUUAUAAAUGAAGGUUCUCUAUCGACUUGUGCUUCAUUUAACUCUCCAUCCCUCACGCUCCCUCGAAGCUUCUCUUCCCUCUAUUUCCGUUUGUUUAUCUCUUCUACCUUCCCUUUUUACCUUUAUUCUUUCAUUUUUCCACUCUUUCCUCGUUGAAGUUUCAUUUCGUCAAAAUUACGAACUUAGCUCGCGGUGCGUUUUAGUGCGAUAGAAAGUGGUUGUUUGGUGAAUUUUUUUUUGCUACUAUAAAUUCACUACGUUGUGCCAGGAUAAGAAAAUUCGCUGAAUAUCAUUGCGAUAUCACCUUUUGUUACUCGUUCUCGCAGAAGUCACUAAAUAAGAGACUACGUGCACUACUGAUAGAUGCAUUAAAAUGUAACAUUGUUCAGGUGUUGUUAUCAUCAUCGUCUAUUCGGAAUUACUAGCUUCUAAUAAUAAUCAACAAGCGCGCCAACGUGAAAACCUGAGCGUCUUAGAUCAAUUUUCGUGCAUGUUUUAUGGAAAUAGCAAAAAAUUUAUUGAAAGUUGGAUGAUCAACAACAUCCCGAAAAAGUUGAAAAAGAAGUUGACUUUAACAAAAAGAUGAUCGUUUCUGUUCCGUUUCACCGAUUUUGGUUCAAGGUAAGGAUGUUCAGUACAGCUGUACAAAAGCUGCGAUUUUUAUAUAAGCCUUACGCCUUGGCCAUAGUCUCGGUUGGAUACGUACUCGGCGAGUUGGGACAUUACGUGAUCGGUGUUACGAGUAAGGCGACCGCUGAAGAUUUACACUAUGGCGACAUAUCUUGCCAAUUGAAUUCGAGUACUCUCUCGCUCAUCGAACUCCCGAUUAGAUGUGAACAGGCACAAAACGAGACUUACUGCCAAUCUUUAGAAUUAAAUGGCUCCUCUUAUUGCGAAUGGAACUACAGCGGUCUCGGCUUAGAUUAUCAAAUCUUAGCAGGGCCAAGUUUCAUUGCCGUCUUUACAGUGGUUGGAGUCAUUUUAGGCAUCGCUGCCGAUCGAUUCAAUAGGGUCAGACUCUUAGCAAUAUGCACGCUGGUAUUUAGUUUGGCGAUCAUUUUAAUGGGAGCAGUGAAAGAAUAUUGGCAUCUCGUCGUCCUUCGGAUGGUUCUUGCUGCUGGCGAGGCAGGAUGCAAUCCAUUAGCAACUGGUCUCAUUUCCGAUUGGUUUCCUGAGGAACAGCGUGGUCUCGUCAUGUCCAUUUUCAAUUGGGGUAUUUACGGUGGCUACGGCAUUGCCUUUCCGGUUGGCCGAUACGUUCCAGCUUUAAAUGCUUGGGAUCUAGGAUGGAGAGUCUGUUAUUACGGAGCUGGAAUAAUCGGCGUCAUUAUAGCAAUUCUUACCGGCCUGACCUUAACUGAACCGGAAAGGAAGACUAUUGGCGAAGAAAGUGAUAAAACCAAAGAUAAGAAGAUCUCGGUUUGGAAAGUGAUAUUGCAGCCACGAAUAAUACUCCUUUGUCUCGCUGCUAGCAUCAGACAUUGCGGUGGUAUGUGUUUUGCAUACAAUUGCGAUCUUUAUUAUCGCGAUUAUUUUCCGGAUCACGAUCUCGGCUGGUGGCUUUUUGCGGUGACCAUUGUCAUCGGCAGCAUCGGCGUCGUCGUCGGAGGUGUGGUCAGUGAUAAAUUCGUCGCGAAAAUGGGAAUCAGAUCGCGUGUGGCAGUCUUGGCCAUCAGCCAGCUAAUAGCGACACCGCCAGCUUUUGGAUCGGUCUACUUCGAGCCACGCUGGGCUAUGUUAUCCCUCGGAAUUUCUUACUUCUUCGCGGAGAUGUGGUUCGGUAUCGUUUUUGCGAUAGUUGUAGAGAUCGUUCCGUUGAAUCUAAGAUCUACGACUAUAGGUGUUUUUCUGUUCGUAAUGAACAAUAUCGGUGGUAAUUUACCGAUACUCGUUGAACCAACCAGGAUGGCUAUCGGUUUUCGAGAAUCCCUCUACAUUUUCUACGCUGGUUUCUACGGCAUAAGUUCCAUCAUGUUUCUUCUGACGAUGUUUCUAAUGGACGGACCGGUAAAACAAACGAAGAACAUCGAAGAACAAACUGGAUACGACAAUUGCACAUUCACCAACGAUAGGGACCAACAUGUUUCUUCGAUAAUGGAACUUCCUCGAUUAUCCAUUCGACCGCCGUGCUACGAGAACUCGCAAUUAUGAUCAUGGUUAAUUAACGACAAGAUAGGUAUUAAGAACGAGCACCUCGUUUGAAGAAAACAAAGAACAAUUAGUAGUUAUUCUUGCAUUUAUUUCUGAAGAAGUUAAAUUAUACGUGUGUCAAAGUACGGCACAUAUUUUAAAAAGUUAAGACGGUAGUUUUAACGUCAAGAACAAAACUGAUACCAACAUCAUGCUUCAAGAAAGGAUUAUGGGAAAAAUCGAAUCGUGAUGUAUAGAAUGAAAAAAUAAAGGGAGGUGUCUCUUUGAAGAAUGAACAGAUCUCGCUCUGAAAUAUAGCGCGUAAAGAAAUCAUUGUAGCUCUUUUCACUUUUUUUUAUUGACAAAGUCACAUAAAUUAGUUUCACAUCGAGCGUCAAUAGAUUUUCGAUAUAUUAUCAUUAUUAUUAGUAUUAUUUUAUUAUCACAUUGUUAAGACGAUAACGACAACGUCCGAAAAUCAAAUUUCGGGCCAUAUAAAAACAAAAAAACACGAGAUAAACGACAUACACAAUUAAUGGAAUUACAUCUUAAAAAAUUAAAGAGACAAUGACCUCGACAAUUAAAAAACUAUUACAUAACGCGUUACCGAAUUACCGAAACGGUUAGGAUCGGAACGAAAUAGUUGCGAAUUUGAUCGUAAUAUUAUUUACAGCGAUUAUUUAAUAUAAAUAAAAGAGGUAUACUUGUAAUGUACAAAAUAAUAACAUAUUCGUAGUAUAGUUUAAAUCCUCGACCCACUAAACCAAGGCGUAAAUUCGUAAUUUGUCAUGAAAUGCUGAUUGUGUACAUACAUAUUUACAUAAUAAAAGUGAGCAGGGGUAUGCGCACAUA